UCGAGCAAACGAACGAGCGUAAGAGAAUGAAAGAGUCGUAAUAAAAAGAAAAGAAAUCAGAAUGCUGCACCGCUCAAUUCAUUCAAACCAUUUUAGAACAACAUCAUCAUCUUCAUUCCCUCUUUAUUCUUCAUCUUUUUUCCUCUUCAAUCAAUAGAUCCCUUUCUCCACAUUACCCUUCUCCAUCAUUUUCCAAUGGCUUUUGCUUGUGGUAGAAGUUAGAGUUUUUUUUCAUUUUGCAUGUGUUUUUGUUAAUGGAGUUUCGAAAUAUGAAUAUGAAUAAUCAUGGUGGUGGUGGUGGAAUUGGUGAGACGAGUAAUAAGAUACUUUACAUAGUUGUUAUUGAUGAGAAGAACAUUGACAAAGGAAAAGAAUCGUUUUGUUACACGCGUUCUGUUUUGCAGAGUACUCUGCAAAUUAUGGGAUGCAAAGCUCGACACGCAUUUAAGAUUUGCAAAAGAGUUUUUGAAUGCACCAAGAGCAAGAGUACUACUGAUCUUUUGCAGCCUGAUGCAGCAAUUUCUCUAGAAGACUUAGGAAACCAAUCACUUUUGAGCAAGGAUAGUAAAAUUAAGAGCAUACCAUUCGAGUUGUACAAAAGGCGCACUUCAGUAUUUGUUCGGAGAGAAACAUUUCUAGAUAUUGUAUGUGAUGCUUUGGCCGAGUACAAGUACUUGGGUCCUAACCAGAGAGCAGACUUGGUUCUAGCCUGCAGACUUCGUGAAAAGAAGGAAUCUGUGACAGUGCUGUUAUGUGGCACUAGCGGAUGUGGAAAAUCGACGUUGUCUGCAAUACUGGGUAGCAGAUUGGGAAUCACGACAGUUGUAUCAACGGAUUCCAUUAGGCACAUGAUGAGAAGUUUUGCUAGUGAGAAGGAAAACCCCUUGUUGUGGGCUUCUACCUACCAUGCAGGCGAGUGUUUGGAUCCGGUUGCUGUUGCUGAAGCGAAGGCCAAAAAGAAAGCAAAAAAGAUGGCUGGUGUGUCACAAUCACUUCCCAAGGAUGAAUCAACUGAUGGUCAGAAUUCUAGCAAACCUGAUACACGGACAUCAGAGACUGGCUCUUGUGCUACUGAGCAUCCAAGUCCAAAACAAAUGGCUAUUGAAGGAUAUAAGGCGCAGAGUGAGAUGGUGAUUGACAGUCUUGAUAGGCUAAUCACUGCCUGGGAAGAACGAAAACAGUCUGUUGUUGUCGAGGGAGUUCACUUGAGUCUCAACUUUGUUAUGGGGCUCAUGAAGAAACAUCCGUCGAUCAUACCAUUCAUGAUAUACAUUACAAAUGAGGAGAAGCACUUGGAAAGAUUUGCAGUGCGUGCAAAAUAUAUGACACUGGAUCCUGCUAAAAACAAGUAUGUGAAGUAUAUCCGAAACAUCAGAACAAUCCAGGAUUAUCUCUGUACGCGUGCUGAAAAGCAUUUGGUUCCCAAAGUAAACAAUACAAAUGUUGACAAGAGCGUCGCAGCCAUCCAUGCAACUGUUUUCAGCUGUCUUCGAAGGCGUGAAGCUGGGGACCAACUAUACGAUCCUGUUAGAAAUACUGUAACAGUUGUUUAUGAGGAAUACAGAAAUCAAUGUGCUGCCAAUUCUUUGAGCUCGAAAGGAAUGUUUCAGUUGAUUCAGAGAAAAGGUUCUUCAAGAAAUUUGAUGGCCUUAGUUAAUACAGAUGGGUCCGUGGCAAAGGCUUGGCCUGUAAAUUUGGUUGAUAGUAAUGGGAAGUCCAUAUGUGGUGUAGGACCGGAAAAUGGAAUCGGACAUCCAAUGUAUGGUCCCUUACGGAUUGGUAAAGCAGAGCCUGUAAAUCUUCAGUUUGGUUUUUAUGGAAUCAGUGCCUGGCCUAGUGAUGGUGGCACUAGUUAUGCGGGAAGUGUUGAUGAGAACAGAGCUGAUGGGACUGAUACCGGCAGUAGAUAUCAAUCCUCUUAUCAAUCCUCUGGUUGUAGCUCCCCUAGGCUAUCAGAUUUCCCCGCUAAGGAGCUCAAAGAAGAGUUCUCGGUGCAUGGUAGCGAUGAAGAGAUUGAUGAUCAACUAGAUGUGGGUAGUGAUGAGGAUUUCAGUGACGACAGUGACAGACAUGUAGACGAUGAGGUUGGAUCUGUAGACGAGGAAUCAACGAAGUCUGAUGAAGAGUACGACGAUCUUGCAAUGGAAGAUGUGUUGGAAAAUGGUUAUUGGACAGAUGAUGAUUACGAGUUAAAGACCAAGCUUGAUGUUGUGGAGCUUGGAGCUAAAAUCCAUGGGAUUAAAUACCGCCAAAAUCUCGACCAAUUCCUUAGAACUAGAAGUGAGCCGGUGCCAAUAGCAGUGGCAUCUCAAGAACCCUUUUGCGCUUAUCCUUCGUUACUUGCAGAAAAGAGUGAGAAGAAACUAUCAUCAAAUGGUAGAGCCAAAUUAAGAAAACGUUCUCUUAGUAUUCCUGCAUUAGGAAAGCAUAGUUCAGCUGAUCCAAUCCUUUCUGGUGCUCCUCAAAGGUAGUAGGGUAUUCUCUCUUUAAUACAAUUAUCACAACCAAACAGAAUUUGGUUUUUUUGGUAGCUUUUUCAAUAAGCUGUAUUACAAAUUACAAUGUCCUGCAUGUAAAUACUAAAGUGACCAAAACUUUUUUAGAUUUCUAGGGUCAAGGUCAACUUUAAGGUAUCGUUUUUGCAUGAAUAAUAUCCAAAAAAUAUAUCUUAUUGUUA